AUGUCGCCGGAAGCGGCGACUGCAGCCGCAGAUGCGGUCGAAUAUUCCUUCGCGCUGGAGUAUGACGGCCCGCCGGUGACCCGUGAGCUGCCGCGGGCCGUGCCCAUCAAUGUGGAUCGGAUCCCGGUGGCCGCCGUCGUUUCGCCUCGGCCGUAUUCAGACAGCUUUGCGCUGCCCGUCGUGCAGCCGAUUUCUGCGACGGACAUAAUAGGCAAGAAGCUAUCCAGGGAUUUGAAAUUAAGCUCAUCCUCGUCGGAGUUACUGACUGUCUCCCCAACAUCGGUGAUUACGUUUGAUUCGCGGAAUAAUGAGCCCAGCGAGGGCUCCUACAGUAAAGAACUAGGUUUAGGUACCGAGACCAGUGUUUCUCCUAGCUCGAUUCAGGAAAGAAAUCCCGAAAAUUGCCUCAAUAAUGAUGCUUGCGCUUCAUCCGGCGAGCUCACUAGUGAAUUCGAGUGCUGUAAUCGUGAUGGUGGGCUGGAUGGAGUUAACGAGACGGGAUAUUCAUCUACUAGUCGUGAUCUCUCGUGUGAGUUCAUAGGUGGGAUCGAGAGCUCGGGGGCUUUAGGCUCUUCCUACAGCUUUGAGAAAUCGGGGGAAUUUUCAGGGAGUUUGCGAAAAUCGAGGCUGUCCACUGGUUAUAAAGAGAGCAUGGACUUUAAUGAGUCUAACCGGACAGAUUGGGAAUCGAACGAGUCGGUCUUGAGCGUUGAUUACCUGUCAUCUAGGGUUUCUUCUUCUAUGUUUGGGGAUAAGAAUCGCGAAUCCAAUAGCGAAGCAAGGCGGGCCCCAGUGGUGACUUUCUGUGACAUUGAGUCUGAUGAUGAGAACACUAUUGAAGAGUUUACUCGUGUGGUGGAGCCUGAGGUUGUUCGAGCGAGAAAAGAACCUGCAGUUAGGGUCAAGAAAGGUGCGUGUUAUCGGUGCUUGAAAGGGAAUAGGUUUACAGAGAAGGAGGUUUGCAUGGUUUGUGAUGCCAAGUACUGCAGUAAUUGUGUGCUUAGAGCAAUGGGGUCUAUGCCCGAGGGCAGGAAGUGUGUGACUUGCAUCGGGUACCCUAUUGACGAGUCGAAGAGAGCUUAUUUAGGAAAAUGCUCUAGGAUGCUCAAGCGGUUAUUGAAUGAUUUGGAGGUUAAGCAAAUAAUGAAGGCUGAAAAAGUGUGUGAAAUGAAUCAGUUGCCUCCUGAGUAUAUCUGUGUGAACGGUAGGCCUCUUUAUCCCGAGGAGUUGAUAUUGCUUCAAAGCUGCUCUAAUCCACCAAAGAAGCUGAAGCCGGGGAAUUAUUGGUAUGACAAAGUAUCGGGUCUAUGGGGAAAGGAGGGACAGAAGCCUUCUCAAAUUAUUAGCCCACAUCUCAAUGUUGGGGCUCCUAUUAAGCCAGAUGCUAGCAAUGGGAAUACACAAGUUUAUAUAAAUGGCCGGGAGAUCACAAAAGUGGAAUUGCGUAUGUUAAAGUUAGCUGGAGUCCAGUGUGCUGGGAAUCCACAUUUUUGGGUGAAUGAAGAUGGUUCGUAUCAAGAGGAGGGACAGAAAAAUACGAAAGGGUAUAUCUGGGGCAAGACUGGAACAAAGCUGCUUUGUGCUGUACUCUCUCUUCCAGUUCCUUCUAAGUCAUCGCAACCAUUUGGAGAGCAAGUUACUAGCAUGAGUAGCAGGAGUAUGCCUGAGUAUCUUGAACAGCAAACAAUUCAGAAACUUCUCUUGAUAGGAUAUAGUGGAUCUGGGACAAGUACAAUAUUUAAACAGGCCAAAAUUCUUUACAAAGAUGCACCUUUCACAGAGGAUGAGCGCGAGCACAUUAAAUUAGUUAUCCAGAGCCAUAUGUAUAGUUACAUUGGAAUACUUCUUGAAGCUCGUGAGCGGUUUGAAGAAGAAAGUUUGCAUCAAAAUCGCUCUUCUGAUAGUUCUAAUUCAGUAGGGCAUGUUGGGAAUGGAGAGGAGAAUCCUUAUUCCAUCUCUCCACGUUUGAAGUCAUUUUCGGAUUGGCUUCUUCGAAUUAUGGCAUCGGGUACUUUGGAGGCAAUAUUCCCUGCUGCAAGUCGGGAAUAUGCACCUUUGGUCGAGGAGCUGUUGAGCAGUGCGGCUUUUCGGGCAACUUACAAGCGAAGAAGUGAAUUGGAUGCUCUUCCCAGUGUUGCAAGCUAUUUCCUGGAACAGGCUGUUGAGGUAUUAAAACUGGAUUACAGACCAUCUGAUUUGGAUAUCCUUUAUGCCGAGCGUGUUACUUCAUCCAAUGGACUUUCAUGCGUGGAAUUCUCAUUCCCCGACACAGCAUAUGAUGAUAAUGUUGACAGCGGGGCUAUGCGUGAUUCCCAGCUCAGGUAUCAGUUGGUUAGGCUACAAGCCAAAGGAUUUGGAGAAAACUGCAAGUGGCUUCAGAUGCUUGAAGAUGUCCGAAUAGUCAUCUUUUGUGUCUCCUUGAGCGAUUAUGACCAAAUUGACCUCGACACGUAUGGCAACCCACAGAAUAAGAUGCUCUCGAGCAGAAAGUUCUUCGAGAACAUAGUGACUCAUCCGACCUUCGGUCAAGUGGAUUGUCUUCUCCUCUUAAACAAAUUUGACUCGUUCGAGGAGAAAAUCGAGCAUGUCCCCUUGAGCCUGUGUGACUGGUUCAACGAUUUCCAUCCUGUGAUCAGCCGUAACCGGAGCAGUAGCGCGAAUCAUCCGACCCUUGGGCAGUUGGGCUUUCAUUAUAUUGCUGUUAAGUUCAAAAGGCUCUACUCAGGCCUAACGGGCCGGAAACUUUAUGUGUCGCUCGUGAAGGGUCUUGAGCCCAAUAGUGUGGAUGGGGCACUUAAGUAUGCAAGGGAGAUUCUGAAUUGGGAUGAUGAGAGAAUCAACUUAAGCUUGAGUGAGAACUCGUUUUAUAGUACAGAGGCAAGCUCGAACUCUCACUGA